CGGCCGAGCUCUGCCCAUGAGAGCCUCCGCCUGUCUCGGCCGCCUUCCCUCGCCGCACCUGUCUGCCGGGAGAAACCUAGUGUUCCUCCGACCUCCGCCGACCUCGCUUGCCGAUCCCAGGGUUUUUGCCUCCAGAUCGCUUGCCGGAACCGAUCCGAGCCCCAAGAACCACCCCCACAGGGAUAGAGCUCACAAGUGGAAGAGGAAAGAGCAAGGGGUUGGAAGAGGAGAAAGAGUAGGAGGAGGAGCAGAGGAAGUGCAUUGCGAUGUCGACGUGGUCUCGUGGCGCGAGAGGCGAGUUCGGGCGUGGAUCCUCGUCAGUGCGGACGUGGAAUCGGUGUGGAGCGUCCUCACCGAUUAUGAACGACUUGCCGAUUUCGUCCCCAAUCUUGUUUAUAGUGGGCGAAUCCCUUGUCCACACAAGGGGAGGAUAUGGUUGGAGCAGCGAGGGUUGCAGCGUGCGCUGUAUUGGCACAUCGAAGCUCGGGUCGUGUUGGACCUUCAGGAGUUCCCAAACUCGGCUAAUGGGAGUGAGCUUCACUUCUCGAUGGUUGAUGGGGAUUUUAGUAAGUUUGAAGGAAAAUGGACUGUAAAAGCUGGCCCAAGAUCUUCCAUGGCAACUUUAUCAUAUGAAGUAACCGUCGUGCCCAGAUUUAACUUCCCAGCAAUAUUUCUUGAGAGGAUUAUCGGAUCCGAUCUUCCUGUGAACCUACGAGCCGUGGCCUGUAGAGCUGAGAGAAAUUUUGAAGAAAAUCAGAAGACAAUAAUGAAGAUGAAUGGCAUGAGUGCAACCUUUAGGACCUUGUAUGCUUCUUCCUUGGGUAGGUUUGGUUCUGCAUCUGAAAUUGAGACACUCCCCAACAAGUUCAAGGAAGACCAUGAUAAGCCUCCUCGUGCUACGCUUUCUGCACCCUCAACCGAGGUUAAUGCAAAAUGGGGUGUUUAUGGAAAAGCAUGCAGACUUGAUAACCAAUGCAUGGUAGACGAAAUUCAUCUCCGUAGAUUUGACGGUCUCUUGGAAAAUGAAGGGGCCCAUCGAUGUGUCAUGGCUAGUAUUACCAUCAAGGCACCAGUUCGAGAAGUUUGGAAUGUUUUAACUGGAUAUGAGGCAUUACCUGAGAUCGUCCCUAAUUUAGCAAUCAGUAAGAUUCUAUCAAGGGAUAAUAACAAGGUCCGUGUUUUACAGGAGGGGUGCAAAGGCCUGCUGUAUAUGGUCCUUCAUGCACGUGUGGUAUUGGAUUUGUGUGAAGACUUUGAACAUGAAAUCAAAUUUGAGCAAGUUGAAGGGGACUUUGACUCAUUUAAGGGGAAAUGGCUUCUAGAGCAGCUCGGAAAUCAGCAUACUUUAUUGAAGUAUGUUGUAGAAUCAAGAAUGCACAUGGAUACCUUCCUCUCAGAAGCUAUUUUGGAAGAGGUUAUUUAUGAAGAUCUACCAUCAAAUUUAUGUUCCAUCCGUGAUGCCGUUGAAGACAGAGUAGGUAUUAAGAAUGACCAACGUGAUUAUUCUGAUGAGCACAUUGGAUCAAAUAGUGAUCCUUUGCAUGACGACAAGAGUGGGCAAAAUGAACCUUCUCCAAAUGGUAAUGCUGUGUGUACUAUAAGACAAAGACCAAAGGUUCCCGGUUUGCAAAGAGAUGUUGAGGUCCUCAAAUCAGAGCUUGCAGCAUUUAUUUCAAAGUACGGUCAAGAUGGGUUUAUGCCAAUGAGAAAGCAGCUUCGCUUGCAUGGAAGAGUGGAUAUAGAGAAGGCAAUAACACGCAUGGGUGGAUUCAGAAGGAUUGCAGACUUGAUGAACUUGUCCCUUGCCUAUAAACAACGAAAGCCAAAAGGUUACUGGGAUAACCUGGAAAAUUUACAAGAGGAGAUAAGCCGGUUCCAGAAAAACUGGGGAAUGGAUCCUGCUUACAUGCCUACAAGAAAGUCUUUCGAACGUGCAGGACGCUAUGACAUAGCUCGAGCUUUGGAAAAAUGGGGAGGGCUGCAGGAGGUUUCUCGCCUCCUAUCCCUUGAACUGAGAUACCCCAGGAGAAGAUCAGAUGCUGAACAAGAAGGGCAAAAUGAUCUCAAGGCAUCCAAUGAACCAAAUGGUCAAGAAAAGAUGUCAAACAAACCACUCAUCGCACAAGAUACACACAAGUGGCUGAUGAAAUUGAAGGAUUUGGACAUCAACUGGGUGGAGUAGAGUCACCUGAUGUCUGUCGAUCUGUAUAUCCUUUCCUUCGUUUCCUGGCAUCUCUCCAGUCCCAUACGAGAUUUACUGGUUACUAGUCUCCCUACCACCAAUCAAUCAAUAACCUAUUGCAGGCCAGAUAAACUGUGCCAGGAGGCUGAUAUAUAUCUACACAAGCUCUGCAUAUAACCUUCUUUCUUACGGUGUAAAGUUCUUAAAAUCUUGAAGAAUGGAAUUGUAUAUCUGAGGAACCUUCUUUUGUACUCGGUUUCUCUUCAUUUAGGCUUAUCCUUGAUUUGAAGGACACCGAAACAGAGACUUCAGAUUCCAACAAGAAUUGAGUCCUGCGCUGUGAACUGAUUCAGAACUUCCUAACCAUAUUUGCAGAUACCAAGUUGUGAACCAGCCAGAAACCGGCCGGUUUGCUGCAACUUCCUGGAGCAGAAUGCAAGCUAAAUCUAUGUUCAUGGUCCUCCACUACGAACAAAUGGCAGCCUUGUUUGCUGCGAGAAACAAGUGAGUCUCCAAAACAAUCUCUUUAAAUAUGAUGGAAGGACAUCAUUGGAGCCAAGUUUCCUCCGACCUCAUCUUGGACUAUGACGUGAACGCCUCACUCCUCCUUGACGGAAAUCUCCAACCCCCCAUGUGCAGGUUGCUCUCCGAAUGCUCGCUUUUUUGACAUCCUUCACACCACCAUUUGACUCCUUUUUUGUUCUUUCUUUGUUCAUCGUUUAUGCCACAGUUUGGGAUGUUAUGAAAAAUACCGACGCAAGAUUCAAUCAAACUCGGUAAGAAAGGAUUUAUUGAUCACACACAAAUCCCCAAACCUCCUUGUUUUCAUCUCUUACUUCGUUGCACAUAUGACUUUGAUGAUCCGCAUGGAGUCCACUUGGUAUACCAAUCACUACUUCAAACAUAUCUUGUUGAUUAUUUUUUCA